GGAGACAUAACAAGCAUGCUGCAGUUCUGCGCAUGUGCGCUCUGAGGGGCGGGGCUUGGCGAGUGACGGCGCUGGCGUAAACAAACAGAGACGUUUAAAUCCUCAGCUGUCAAGGGCGACGCUUCCGUCGGGCACUGAGAGAUGCCGAAUGUCUAAAAAGGGAGCCAUAGCACUGUUCUUAUCCAGAGAGGCUCCACCAUGAUCUAUGACGAGGAUCCGCUUCACCAAAACUUUGCAGAGACCCUUCCUACAGAGAUGAGUGUAAAGAUCUUUAGUGAGUUGGACAUCAGAAGUUUGGGCCGGGCCUCGCUCACCUGUAAACGGUGGAAUGGCAUCAUUGAGGGCAGCGAUUACCUGUGGCGCAACCACUGUCUUACGGUGCUGGCCAUUUGUCGAAGGGAGGUGGAUGGGGACAGGCUGGAUGGAUAUUCAUGGAAGGUUACUCUUUUGCGCAACUACAGGAAAGGGUGUGUAAAGAGGAGGUGGCUAAAGGGCCGAUACAGCAACAUCCACUCUGCUGAUGAGAUCCCACCCAACCACAUGUGUCCACUGGACGUAGAGACAUGGGGAGAGAUACUGGAGGCAGAGCUGGAGAGAUAAAGCCAAAAGACUUUUUGAAUCAUGAUAAGACUAAAAUACAUCAGCAGUGUCUACGAUGUAGAGUAUUAUGACCGAAACACUUGCUGGAUAAAACAUUUUGUAAAAUGUUUCAUAAUUAAUGAUCAAAAAUACUGCUGGCAUCUGCGUGCCUGUCAGAAUACACAAUAAUGUGGUUUUGAUUUGGGUGAAAUUUUGGCUGUAUUAUUAACAUUUACCUGAAAGGUUUUUGUAGAUAUUUUGUAGAGUUGAUGGAAUUGUCUUAUAGGCGGACCACAAUAAGUUUAUCCCCAGUUUUCUUUAUUUUGUAGAUUAAGAAAAUCUACAAAAAUAUACAUAUAUUGUGCCUUUUUGUUUUAAAAUUGUGCCUUGUUUUAUUAAUUUAUUUGAUUUUCCCCACUUAAAAAAAAUGUCACUGCCAAUAUUGUUUUGUCUUAUAAAAGAAAAAUAUUAUUUUAUAAAAGCUAAUAUAUUCAUUACUGUAAAGUGUUUUUCACCAUUUAUUUACCUGAAAAUCAGGGCUGGGUUAUGAAGAGCAGCAGGACCUGUCCCAGCAGUGCCAGUUGACCUGAGCUGUAUGAAACUAAAUUCAUAUACAAAGCUAAAAAAUUUAAAACAACUGUUGAAGAAUAAAAAAUUUGAAGUAGUCACUUUAAAAAAAAUGUUUUUUAAGGAAAUGUGCAUUAAAUGCCCAAGAUUUGAUACAAUAGACAUAGAAAGUCUUUGGGUACUACAUUUUAUUGUGCCAGCUACACUUUGCAAUGUGCUAUGUCAAGCUAAAUUGUAAUAAAAUUUUGAUGAAACACUAAA